CAAAACUUAACCAACCCCCCAUUCGAGACAUUUUCAACAUCUUCUCAUCUAUAUAUCAUAUUAAGAUUCCAUUUAAUUGUAGAAUUUGGUGGAUUGUCACGGAGCUUUUACAAAGGCCACACAGGAGCAAAGACGUUGAUCUGUUCAUCUGACGAUAUCAGACAACAUGGAUCUGAAGCCUCUUCCUUUUGCACUGGAUGCCCUUGAGCCACAUAUGAGCAAAGAGACUUUAGAGUAUCAUUGGGGAAAGCACCACAGAUCUUAUGUGAACAACCUAAACAAGCAAAUAGAAGGAACUGAACUAAAUAAAAUGACAUUAGAAAGCAUAAUUUUGACUUCAUACAACAAAGGUGAUAUUCUUCCAACCUUCAACAAUGCAGCACAGAUAUGGAACCAUGAAUUUUUCUGGGAGUCUAUGAAGCCUAAUGGAGGUGGAAAGCCUUCAGGAGAACUUUUGGAAUUGAUAAACACAGAUUUUGGUUCGUUUGAGAGCCUAAUCAGUGAGUUGAAAUCAGCUGCCACUACUCAGUUCGGUUCUGGUUGGGCUUGGCUUGUAUACAAAGAGGAGGAGAAGAAGCUUGUUGUCGUGAAUAGCCCAAAUGCAAUUAAUCCUCUUGUUUUGGACUACCAUCCUCUCCUCACCAUUGAUGUUUGGGAGCAUGCAUACUACCUCGAUUUUCAGAACCGUAGGCCUGAUUAUGUAUCGGUGUUCCUGGAUAAGCUUGUGUCUUGGGAAGCAGUUAGUUUGAGGCUUGAAGCAGCCAAGAUUUUAGUGGCAGUGAAGGAAAAAGCAGAUGGAAGCAAUUAAUGUGGACGUUAUAGAGCCAAUGGAGUUUGAGCAAUAAAUGAUUGUAACCAUAUUUGACGUUAUAGAGCCAAUGGAGUUUGAGCAAUAAAUGAUUGUAACCAUAUUUGUAGGGCUGUAAACGAACCGAACGAACACGAACGGGGUUUGUUCAUUUUCGUUCAUUUAAGUUAUCCGAACAAAUAAAUGAACACGAACGGAU